GGACCACCUCCCCUCAUUGGCUGCUGAGUGCUGGGCUGGGCAUGGCCCAAAGAGUCUCCAAGAUGGGGUAAGGAGCGAGCAGAGUGGAGCAGAUGGCUCUGCAGAGCGCCCCGCAGCCAUAGCAUAGCCAGACCCACAGCAGGUGCUGCCCAGGAUGGGACGAGGCAAAGCAGUGCCAGCCCCCCUGCUUCUCACCCCUGCCACUGAGCUCCAUUCAGGAAGCCUCUCUAGGGUGAGCCGGGGAGAAACUAGGCAGACUCACGUGGGGUUGGGUGUGGGCGGCUUGGACAUGCAGGAUAUCCUCAGAUCCUUCUUCCUCUUGGAUUUUCCUAGAAUGGAGAGAAGGUGAAGCGUCUGGUCUACCCCUCAGUCAUCAAUAUCCCCUGUACUCUCCUUGGGCUAGGCAAAGAUGGGGACAGGGAUGACUCAGGCCCUGGCCCACAAGGAUGCCAGCCUCUGCCAUCACCCGAGCUGGGAGCUCCCUCUCUCCAAGCCAGGACUUGAGGCCUUCAAAGGGGGAAGGAGGCCCGCCAGCACUGCUGGGGGUGCAGAGAGGACAGACCCAGGCCUGGAGGCUGGACCUCAGGGCCUUAUCUCAGCCCUGCCCACUGGGCACAUCUUGAGUACCUUCCUGGGCCUCAGUUUCCCCAUCUGUGAGGUGUCCUCACUGCCCUGGCUAACUAGCCAACAGGGGCGUGGGGUGAGAAGGGCCCAGUAGGGGUCCAGCAUCUGCAGCAGCCACUGUCCAGGAGCCUCAUGGCUGCAGAUAGGGGGACGAGGCUCAUACCAUGUCCAAGAUGAGGAAGGCCAGGCCCUCAGAGAGGGCAGGAGGUGGUGGAGCAGGCCGAGACUCCAGCCCAGGCUGCCCUCCAGGCUAGCUCUGCCGGGCCCUGCUCACCCUGGAGGCUGACUCGUGAUGCCCGUUUCUCUCCCUCCCCUGAAGAGUGCUGGCUCUCUCCCCUCCCCUGGACCGGGAAGGCCAGAGUCCUGGGGGAGCACCUUCCUCACCCCACCCGUGUCCACAUCUCUCAGGCUGGCUGUAGGAGCAUGACUGGGUGCAUGGCACUCAGCUGGUACUAACAGAGGGUCAGCAUUUCUGGGGCUCCAGGCACAGUACGGCUGGCAUGCAGGUAAUCAGAGCCGCCCUUUGAAGAAGACACAGCUGCCAUUCCACAGGUAGGAGAAGCAAGGAUCACUGAUGCCAGGAGCCUGCCUGCCCAGGAGCGGACCGGACCUGAACCUAGAACCCUGGCCCCAGGCGCCUGACAGCAGCAGGAUUCUCCAGAGGAGAGAAGGGACUUGCCUGGGUCACCUGGCACUCUGGCACCAGCAGGCAGCAGGGCUGGGAGUGACACAGCUCCCUGAGACCACCCAGUGCAGACAUGCUGGCCACACGUGUGCCCUUGCGGGAGCUUCGGUCCCACUUCCAAGCAUGGCCCUGCCACACCUCAGCCCUCACCCACCACCCCCAAUUGCUGCUGCUGCCUCACCCUGGCUGCUGGCACUGGGGCCUGGAAACUGCCCAGGGCCCUGCUGCCGCCUGAAAAGAACAGCCCGGUCUCUGAAGCCACCUCCAAGCCAGGUCCAGACCCAGCCUUGGCCACGGUGCAACACAGUCUUGGGGCCACACCUGAGAACGACACACCUGGGCCCAGCAGCCAACCCAGCCCGGACGGAGGGUGGAGGGUGGUUCCCGCCAUUGGGAAGACAACACCAGAGCAACAGGAAACAGAAUCGCCUUGGUGGGGACGGGGGUCCCAGGGUCCAUCCUGGGGCAAGUGGGCAGAGUGCAGGGGCCAAGCAGAUACCUGCAGCCUUUCCACCAAAGCCGCCCCGCGGACCCAGCUGCCAGGCCCUAGAGGCUUCAGAAACAACAGCGUCCACAGAUAAGCAGCAGCAGCAGCUGCCACCACAUGCACUGGGCACCUGCCUGCAGACCACUCACCCAUGAAUCAAUCGCCUGGUCACCACGCCUGUGUGCACCUGGUCACCACACCUGUGUGCACCUGGUCACUACUCCUGUGUAUGGGCAGAUGUGCCUCGACAGUAAAUGUGUUUUUAUCUCAUUUUAAGAAGCCACAACAUGCUGACUGUCAGGGACCACAUGGAUCUCCCUGAGAGUUUGUCGCAGCCACAGCCACCGGCCACAGGCAGGGUCCUUCUCACCUGUGACUCGAGAUGCUCCCACGACCCUGCAGGGAGGGGAUCCCAACCUCAUUUUACUUGGGGAAGAGGCUCAGAGAGGUGAAGCCACUUGCCCCAGGCUGCACAGCAAGUCAGGGCUCUGGCCUGCAGUCACUCCUGGAUUUGUUGACUUGGAAACCCCAACAGGCCAGGCUGCAGUUCACAGCACCCCUGACACGGGGAGCCCUCCCUGAGGCAGAAGGACGGGCCCAGGUCUUGUGCUCAACAAGAAAUGGCAACCGAGUCUGGAGACCCAGAGGCUCAGCACAUUCUAACAGGAAAAACCAUGGUAUGCAGGGCCAGCAGCUCCUGAGGCUGCUCUGUCCUGCCUUUGGGUCAGUGGCUGUCUGAACUUCCUGGGCUCUGGGACAGCUAUGGCAUGGUGCCCUCCUCUGCACCUCGAGUUCCUCAGGUACAAAAAUGCCACCCGCCUGCCCCACACAGCUUUGCAGGACAAAGUGAGAUUGUGUCUGCAAGGUGCUCAGCUCAGGGUUCACCACACAGAAGGGGACCUGUGUGGCCCACAAAUGGUCACCAUGGAUAUGACCAGCCUUUCCGCAGAGGUGAAAAAAAAACCUGUCCUAAGUAAUGAGAAUUAUAGGUAGCUUUUAUUCCUGAUGAGGCUUUUUGUAACCAGAAUAUAAAAUGUUAGUUAAAAAUUAAAGCCCUGUCCCAGGCAUGGUGGCUCAUGACUGUAAUCCCAGACCUUCGGGAGGCCAAGGCGGGUGGAUCACAAGGUCAGGAGAUCAAGACCAGCCUGGCCAACGUGGUGAAACCCCAUCUGUACGAAUAUACAUAUAUGUGUGUGUAUAUACAUGUGUGUGUAUUUGUAUAUAUAUAUAGAGAGAGAGAGAGGGAGAGAAAGAGAGAGAGACUUUUUUUUGUUUUAACUAAAGCUCUGCACAGAGCCCCUGGGCGUUGACCUUGCCCCAGCCCCUUGCAGUCCCAUCCUUUUUCUGUGGGGUCUGCGCCACACCCACCCUGCUCUCUCUGCUCUUGAUCCCUCUGCCCCCAGCCUGCCACCCACCACACACCCUGGGACUUGGGGAUGUCGUCUCAUGUGCCCCCUUCACCAGGCCUCAGUUUCCUCACCUGUCAAGGGCACUUCCACAUAUGGGCAGGAUGGGUGGGGACCACCCUUGUCCCAGGCCUGGGGAGCGCAAGGCCUGGCCUCUGCAUCCACCUGCCUGUUGGGGACACCGGGCCUGCAUCAGGAGGGCCGCAGGCUCCGUGGGGAAGCCACCCAGCUGUCAGAGGGAGUGGGUGAGGCCGUCAUGGAGACAGCCCAGAAACAAGCCUCAGGCUGCCGCAGACGUCAGAGCUGGGCCCAGAUGGCCAGGCAGCCCAGGGCUGCCCAGGUGCAGCCGUUGUACCAACCGUCGCCACAACAAACAGAGGCUCUCGGCGGCCACUGGCAACCCACGACAAGCCCGCCUGUCCCAGCUCCCAGCACGGGGUGUCCUGGGGUGUCCUCCGAGUAUUCCAGCCUCAUAGCACCUCCCAGGCAGGAAAUUGAAACUGACCAGAAUUCAGCCACUGACCUGAGGCUACCCACAGAAAGGCUGCCUGACCUCACAGGCUCCAGUGACUGGCUCUCCCUGUGGCCUGCUGGCUUCUCUGCUGUGGAAUCCCAUAGGUGGCCGUUCUGCAGUUACCAUCUCAGAGAGCCAGUCAGCAGCUCACCUGUGAGCACUCACUUUGGAGUCUCAGCUUGGGCUCAACUGCAACUCUGCCCCUUCCUAGCUGUGUGCCCUCAGGGCCUUCCUCACCUGCAGAGCACUGAGGACCCCUGGUCUACCUACCUGGCAGCGCCCCCUCCCCAGUGAUGCUCCAGGUCAGCACGGCUCGGGAGCACCCCUAACAUCCAGGAGGAGGCCAGACGCUCAGCCGCACAGGGGCACCCACGGCUGCCCGAGGGUCCUCCUACCCAACGCCCAUAGCCCAGCAGAGACAACUAUGGCCCACCUGCAACAUGGAACCACCUGUGCUUUGGAGGGAAGGAUCUAGAGAAGGGCCAGAGGUGCAGGCCUCACUGAGGAGGGAAGGAGGCAACACGGAAGGACCCCAGGCAGGGUCACCUGGGCACAAGGCGUGUGAAAGAUGGGGGGGGCCCACAGCAUGUAGCUGUGGGCAUCAGAGUGUGGCCUGGCCUCCCAUGGCCAGACCUCACCGGUCUGGGCCCUCCAUGCCCAAUGGCCAUCAAAAUGCCCAUUCUUCUAUAUCUAGAAAUUCCACACUGAGCAGCUCACCCUAACAUUUAGUGAGCACCUACUAUGUGCCUGGCCUCUGCAAAUUCCUUUCAUUACAUCUCAUUUGAUCCUCUCAGCAACCCCUUGAGGCAGGUACUAAUGUGAUCUCCAUUCUACAGAUGGGGAAACUGAGGCCCAGGAUUUAUAGAAUCAAAAGGCUGGCACAUGCAAUUGGUGAGCAUUCUGCAGGUCCUCAGCAGGAUGCCAGGAGCAGCCUCUCAGGGACAGGAAGAGCCAAGAGCAGAGGGAGGACAGCAGUGUGAGAAAGAAUAUGCUGGUCAGACCAGGCACAGUGGUUGACACCUACAAUCCUAGCACUCUGGGAAGCCAAGGCAGGUAGAUCACUUGAGGUCAGGAGUUCGAGAUCAGCCUGGCCAACAUGGUGAAACCCCAUCUCUACUAAAAAUACAAAAGUAGCUGGGUGUGGUGGCGCAUGCCUGUAAUCCCACUCUAAGAUCACCACCACUCCUGAUCUCAAGUGAUCCACCCACCUCGGCCUCCCAAAGUGCUGGGCAACAUGACGAAAUUCCGUCUCUACAAAAACCAAAACAAAACAAAAAUUUAGUGGGUGUGGUGGUGUGUGCCUGUAGUCCUAGUUACCUGGGAGGCUGAGGUGGGAGGAUCGUGAGCCUGGAAGGUCGAGGCUGAAGUGAGCCAUGCCACUGGGUGACAGAACGAGACCCUGUCUCAAAAUUUAAAAAUUUUUAAAAAAAAAAGGAAAGAAAAUGCUGGUUUCUGCACAGAGUAUUCCAAAGAGAAGCAAGAGACUGCCUUUUUGUCCCUUUGAGAUUCCUGCCCUGUGCGAUUAAGGCUACUCAAAUGCAGACAAUUUAAAGAAAAGAAGAAAGAAAAGAGGCCGGUUUGAAGCCAGCCCCAGCGCUCUGCUCUGUCUGGAGGGGCAGCCAUACUCACUGAGCUCAGGAGGGCCUCUGCAGCAGGCUGCUCAGACUGGACAGUGCCUCAGAGACUGUCCAGUGCAGACACUGAUACCAGGGGCCCCAGGACCCACCCGAGGUGAAGCACCAGGACAGCAGCAGAGCCACCCCCCAAACCUGGGCCCCGAGCCUGGGCCCCGCUCCUGCCUUCCCCACAGUCAGCAGAGCAACCAUCACAGCAUCAGCCCCGUGCAGCCUGGGGGCGAGCCGCACUCCCUCUCCGGGCAAGCCUGGGUUUCCUCCCUUGAUGUUCUUCGAACGGGUGAAGGGGCCAUGACCUCUGGGAGAAGCUAAGCAAGGGUCAGGAGUUGUAAAGACAAAGCCAUGCUCCCAGGACAGUCCUUUAUGACCUUGAGCAGGUCACUGUCCCGCCAGGCCUCGGUUUACUCACUCCUAAGAUGGGGGUGAUCACAACACACCCAGGUUGCUGGGCAGCCAUGAGGACUGAACAAGUCCAUGCGCACAAAACCCCCGGCAAAAAACAGGUCGGAUCGGUGGGACCCUGGCCCCAGGCCCCCACACUGUGGGCGGGAGGGGCCAUGCUCAGGCUUCAAGACAGCAUGACAGGGGAGGGGACCCACAAGUGAUGCUCAGCCCUCCCAGAGCAUCAGAAGAAUGGGGCAUUCCUUGCACUAGGUUUGUGGGCUGUGCUCCAAAGGUCCCCAUGUGGGGCUGACUGGAGGUCAACAAGGCCACCCCUGGCCACCUGCACUGUCAACAGGCCUGUGCUGCUGCAGAACAGAAAACGAAGCUUCUGAACAAACGUCA